CAUAACUACUCAAACCAACUUUAUCCACUCUGAGCAAGCAAGUGAGAAUGCAAACCCUCUUAAACCCUCAUCCCAUCUCCUUUCUUCCUCCUCCAAAAAUCCUAAAUCCUAGUAAGCUAUUCAAAUCCCGUAAUAUAAACCCAUCCCUUCACUUCAUCUCAACUGGAAAAUUCACCGUUAAAGGUUUCUCAGCGGACGAAUUCCCGGUCGAUGAGGAUUUCAUCGAAAAAUUCGGUCCCAAAGACGUGGAAACUGAAGAUGAAGCCCGUCGCCGCAACUGGAUCGAAGGAGGUUGGGCUCCAUGGGAGGAAAUCCUUACUCCAGAAGGAGAUUUCGCCAGAAAAUCACUCAACGAAGGAGAAGAAGUAGCAUUGGAAAAUCCUGAUUCGAUUGAAGCCUUCAAAAUGUUGAGACCUAGUUACAGGAAGAAGAAAAUGGAAGAAUUAGGGUUAACAGAGGACGAAUUUUACGCGAAACAGUUCGAGCUUAAGGGCGACAUUCCGGAGCCCUUGAAGACGACAUGGGCAGGGCCGCUGGUGGUCCGUCACGUGCCACCGCGAGAUUGGCCGCCGAAGGGGUGGGAAGUGGAUAAGAAAGAGCUGGAAUUUAUCAGGGAAGCUCAUAAGUUUUCAGCUAGAGUUGAUCUUGAGCAAGUACAGAAUGAAGCAAAAAGCAAUACAGAUGAUUUGUGUUUGGACAGAUAUAAGGUGUUUCUGAAGCAGUAUAACGAAUGGGUGGAUGCGAAUAGAGAUAGAUUGGAGGAGGAAUCAUAUAAGUAUGAUCAAGAUUAUUUUCCUGGUAGAAGGAAAAGAGGGAAAGAUUAUAAAGAAGGAAUGUACGAGCUACCAUUUUACUACCCCGGACAAAUUUGUGUUGGUAAAGUGACUACUUUGCAUCUUUAUCAAGGAGCUUUCGUUGACAUUGGAGGUGUUCAUGAUGGGUGGGUCCCAAUUAAACGUAAUGAUUGGUAUUGGAUCCGACAUCAUAUAAAAGUUGGUAUGCAUGUCAUUGUUGAAAUUCUGGUGAGUUAUGGCUCUUCAAAUGCAUAUUUCUGCUCCUUAUUCCUUUUAAAAAUGUUGUAUUUUUGUAUUAUGUUGCUCAAGUCAAAUGUCUGUCUAUUUUUUUAUUUUUUUCAGGCCAAACGAGAUCCUUACCGUUUCCGAUUUCCAAUCGAGAUGCGUUUUGUUGAUCCUAAUAUAGAUCACCUUAUUUUCAAGAGGUUUGACUACCCACCAAUUUUCCAUCGGGAGGAAGAUACUAGUAUGGAUGAGUUGCGCCGUGAUUGUAGAAGGCCACCAAUUUCUAAGGAUGAUCCGGGAAUCAAGGUGGAGGAAGAACCUUUAAUAUGUAAUCACCCUUACGUUAAUACGUUAUGGCAAAUACAUGUUGCAGAACAGUUGAUUAUGGAUGAUAUGGAGAUGAACCCAGAAAAAUACGAGGGUAAAAAAUUGUCAGAGUUGAGCGAUGAGGUGGAAUUCAAUGAAGAAAACAGUGUCGAAUACAGCCAAGAUUAUUAUAACCAAACUUUACUACCCAAAAGGAUUGUGAAUGUGAGCGUGAAAGAUCUUGACCUAGAUGCUGCAUACGCAGAGCGCCAGCAUCAUAAUAAAUUGAAAAUCGAAGCAAUGGAAAAAGGCGCAACAUCUUACAAAAUCGACAAGUUAAGACGUAAUCAUGAGAUGGACGAAUACGAUUUUGUUCAUUGGCGACGCUCAGUUGAGGAAAGAGAAGCCUUACUUCGAGACAUAAGCUGCCGUAGAGCGGUUGGUCUACCAUUGGAGGAGCCAGGAAGGUACCAUGACCCGAGCAGCGUUGCAAAAGACAAAUAUGACCCUGAAAACCCUCUGUAUAGAUAUGAUUAUUGGGGGGAGCCAAAAAGUUCUGAAAAGACUAAACAAAACCGAUUAAGAGACUUCCACAACAAAGGAAUUAUAGGUAGAGGAAUGGUGUGGUAUGAAACAUCGUAUGAAGAUGCAAUGAAGAACCAGGAUGAAACGCGAGCUAUGGAAAUGGCAGAAACAAGGAAUAAAGAAGAAGAAGAUGAAGAUGAUGAGGUUGAUGAUGUCAUUUAUGAGAUUGUUUCUGAGCCACAGCCGGAAGUCAAUGGGGUUCAGACCAAUGUAUUUUCAGAUGAAUACUAUGACUAGGUUUUUGGUGUUUGAUGUAUGUUGUAUAGGUUAAGGAAUUAAUCUCGUAAUCAGUGUUUUUGAGGGAAUGAUUGUCGUUUUUUUUUGGGUUUCAACAUUGAAUUUAGUGAUGGAUUAAAAUUUUUGGGAGACAAA